AUGGUUGGCUCUGGACCUCCAGCAUUUAGAACUGCACAGUUAAGAGCAUUGAUAAAGAAAGGUAUUGUUAAAUUCAUUGGUGGAAAUCCAAAAUUAGAAAUCAAUGAAAAAGGAUUUGUUGUUUCAAGUCAAAACUCAAACAACGAACAAAUAACUGCCAAAUAUUUAGUUGAUGCUUGGAUGCAUAGAACAGAUGCAACAAGGCCAAGAGAAGGACUUACAAAGUCCCUCUUGGAAACAGGAAUUGCUCGGCUUUAUUCACUCAGAAACACAAAAGGAGAAAAUGUUCCGACUCCAUGUCUCGAAAUCGAUCCUAUGACAAGAAGACUUGUUAACAAUGACGGAAAAAUCGAUCAAAGAGUUCACUUGAUUGGAAUUCCAACAUGGUCUCAAAUGCCUGACACAACAAUCAGUCCAAUGCCAGGAACUGACUCAUUGAUGCUCCAGGAAACUGAUAAAGCUGCUGUUAGCGCUGCUAAAAUUGUUGGUGCUUGGUAA